UUUUAAAAAAUUUCUCGUCAUAAAGCACAAUCCUCUUCCUUCCUCAUAUCAGGAAGCAUACUCUCGGAACCUUGAUCUUAUUAACUAUGCCCAGGUCGGAGUACUCCAUUGAUUUGCCUCCGCGUAAUUCUGCAGUGGAUUCAGACGCGAAUUCUGUGAGGUUCAUUCACACAGUGUCUCAGUCAGGGCGGAUUCUGCCAUCUGAUAGCCGGUGGAAUUCCAUAGAACUCAGCUUCAGCCUUUAUCCUCAGUCGCAAACCAAUGCUUAUGAAGCUAUCCCCUCCAGAUUCUCAAAGUCCUACGACUAUGAUCUCGUUAUCACCGACAAGAAACACUUCAAGCGUUUUCUCUACAUCACCAUCUCAAUAGUACUCAUUGUUCUUGCGCUUGUUCUGCUGGUUCUCUGUCUCCCGCGGAAGCAUAAGCAUCAUGGGCCCUCGAAGAAUCUCACUCUUGCAGUGAACCAGGCACUUACGUUCUUUGAUGCUCAAAAGUCUGGGUAUUACCCAAAGACCAGUCCGGUGAAAUUUCGAGGAGAUUCGGGAUUGCAAGAUGGGAACACCACGCAGGCUGGCCUUUUAGGUGGUUUUUAUGACUCCGGGAACAAUAUAAAGUUCAGCUUCCCAACUGCGUACACAGUCACCUUAUUGAGUUGGAGCGUGCUAGAGUAUCACGAAAAGUAUGCCGAUAUUGGUGAGCUACAUCAUGCGAGAGACAUUAUCAGAUGGGGCAGUGACUAUUUGUUGAAGCUCUUUAUUCCUCCCAAUGCGGCUUCGGAUCCAAUCUUGUAUUCUCAGGUUGGAGGUGCUAAGAAUGAUACUGAGGGUGGUGAUAAUGAGACAAGUUGCUGGCAAAGACCCGAAGACAUGAGCUAUCUAAGACCCGUUUCAUCUUGUGACAUUGUGGCUUCUGACUUAGCAGGGGAAGUUGUUGCAGGAUUAUCGGCAGCAUCUUUAGUGUUCAAAGAUGACAAAGACUAUGCAAUACAAUUAACAGCAGCGGCAGAAACUUUGUUUGAGCUUGCAAUCAAAGAAGAUCCAACAAAACAAGGGACCUACACCGCGGUUGAUGAGUGCGGAAGGGACGCCAGAGCGUUUUACAAUUCAACAAGCUUCAAAGAUGAUUUGGUGUGGGGAGGGACUUGGUUGUUCUUUGCUACCGGGAAUGCGUCCUAUCUCGAAUACACGACUCACAAUUUCAGUUCGGCCUUGCAAGAGGAAAGGACUAGCGAGAAAGGGGUGUUCUAUUGGAACAACAAGCUCCUCGGCAGCGCGGUAUUGCUUGCGCGACUUCUAUAUUUUCGUGAUCUCGGCUACCCGUACAAAGAUUCUUUUGCAUCAUCAGCGAACAUGACCGAGUCAAUCCUCUGUUCAUAUCUAUCGGAUCAAAUCUUCAAUAAGACACAGGGUGGAUUGAUACUCUUGAAACCUGAUUCUGGGUCACCACUGCAAUAUGCAGCCACGGCAUCAUUUCUCAGUAAGCUGUAUAGUGACUACCUCAAUCUUCUCCGCAUGACGGGAGGGGUGUGCCGUGACCGAGCAUUCUCAGUCAAGAUGCUGCAGAGCUUCUCUUCUUCUCAGAUUGAUUAUAUCCUGGGAGAUAAUCCAAUGAAAAUGAGCUACAUAGUUGGCUUUGGAGGCAAGUACCCGUUGCAAGUUCAUCACAGGAGCGCAUCGAUCCCGUGGGAUGGUCAGAAGUACUCGUGCAGUGAGGGAGACGGAUGGCUGCACUCCAAAGGCCCCAACCCGAAUGUUCUUUUGGGAGCCAUGGUGGGUGGACCGGACCAGUUUGAUCAUUUCAUAGAUGAAAGGUACAAACCGUGGUUUACUGAGCCGACCAUUGCGAGCAAUGCAGGUCUGGUCGCAGCACUUAUUGCACAUCACAAUCCUCCUGCCCAUCCCGCAGACUCGGGCGGCAUUAAUUUGGGAAUAGAUCAGACGGGGAUUUUCGAAAAAAUCCAUCCAAGUACUUGACUUCAUUGGGAAUAACACAAGAUAGCACCAACUUUCAAGGGAAGUCAAAGAUGAGAGAGGAGACUCAUAAACUGGUUCCAACUGAUUGCUGAGAUCAAGAGAAUGUGAUUUUGCAGAAAUAAUGAGCUUUAUGUAAAUUAGGUCUUUCCAACAUUUUAAAUUUGGAACUUGGACUUAAAUGUUUUGAAGAAAGGCCUCCGGAAACUCUACUGGGUACU